CCCUGCCCAGCGCAGGUGCGCCCCGCCGCUCGCUCUCCGCCCGAGCCCCGCGGCGGCGGCGGCUUCUCCCGCGCCCCCGCCCCCUGCUCCGCCGCCGCCGCCGCCGCUGCUGCCUCCCCCGCGCUGUGCUCCGCCCGGAUGGCCAGGGCUGUGGCCGAGAAUGGCGGAGCGAGAAAGCGGCGGCCUGGGCGGGGGAGCAGCCUCCCCGCCGGCUGCCUCCCCGUUCUUGGGGCUGCACAUCGCGUCGCCUCCCAAUUUCAGGCUCACCCAUGACAUCAGCCUGGAGGAGUUUGAGGAUGAAGAUCUCUCGGAGAUCACCGAUGAGUGUGGCAUCAGCCUGCAGUGCAAAGACGCCCUGUCCCUGCGGCCCCCGCGCGCCGGGCUGCUGUCUGCGGGCGGCGGCGGUGCGGGCAGCCGGCUGCAGGCCGAGAUGCUGCAGAUGGACCUGAUCGACGCCACCGGGGACACUCCCGGCGCCGAGGACGACGAGGAGGACGAUGAAGAGCGCGCGACACGGCGUCCAGGAGCAAGGCUGCCCGAGACCGAGCCCGGUCAGGAACCGGCGCCCCGCGGCCAGAGCCAGGGUCAGGGCCAGGGCCCGGGCAGCGGUGACACGUACCGCCCCAAGCGGCCCACCACGCUGAACCUGUUCCCGCAGGUGCCGCGGUCUCAGGACACGCUGAAUAACAACUCUCUGGGCAAAAAGCACAGUUGGCAGGAUCGCGUGUCUCGCUCGUCAUCGCCGCUGAAGACAGGGGAGCAGACCCCACCGCACGAACACAUCUGCCUCAGCGACGAGCUGCCACCCCCGGGCAGCCCUGCCCCCACCAAGGACCGGGGCACCUCCACCGACAGCCCGUGCCGCCGCAGCGCUGCCACCCAGAUGGCCCCCCCAGGUGGCUCCACCGCCGCUGUGCCCCCCGGGGGCCGGGGCCACUCUCACCGGGAGCGGAUCCACUACCAGGCUGACGUGCGACUAGAGGCCACCGAGGAGAUCUACCUGACACCAGUGCAGAGGGCACCGGAGCCCACGGAGCCAGCUUCUGGCUUCCUGCCGCCCGCCGAGAGCCGGAUGUCGGUCAGCUCUGACCCAGACCCUGCUGCCUACCCGUCCACGGCAGGCCGGCCGCAUCCUUCUAUCAGCGAGGAGGAUGAGGGCUUUGAUUGCUUGUCGUCCCCAGAGCGGGCUGAGCCACCUGGAGGAGGGUGGCGGGGCAGCCGGGGGGAGCCACCACCACCGCCACCACGGGCCUCGCUGAGCUCGGACACGAGUGCCCUGUCCUACGACUCGGUCAAGUACACGCUGGUGGUGGAUGAGCACGCUCAGCUAGAGCUGGUGAGCCUGCGGCCAUGCUUCGGCGACUACAGUGAUGAGAGUGACUCGGCCACCGUCUACGACAACUGCGCCUCCGCCUCCUCGCCCUAUGAGUCGGCCAUCGGCGAGGAGUAUGAGGAGGCACCUCGGCCGAGGCCCCCGGCCUGCCUCUCGGAGGACUCCACCCCAGAUGAGCCUGACGUCCACUUCUCCAAGAAGUUCCUGAACGUCUUCAUGAGCGGUCGCUCCCGCUCCUCCAGUGCCGAGUCCUUCGGGCUGUUCUCCUGUGUUAUCAACGGGGUGGAGCAGGAGCAGACACACAGGGCCAUAUUCAGGUUCGUGCCUCGACAUGAAGAUGAACUUGAGCUGGAGGUGGACGACCCUCUGCUAGUGGAGCUGCAAGCGGAAGACUACUGGUACGAGGCUUACAACAUGCGCACUGGGGCCCGCGGCGUGUUUCCCGCCUACUACGCCAUCGAGGUCACCAAGGAGCCAGAACACAUGGCAGCCCUGGCCAAAAACAGCGACUGGGUAGACCAGUUCCGGGUCAAGUUCCUGGGCUCAGUCCAGGUUCCCUAUCACAAGGGCAAUGACGUCCUCUGUGCUGCUAUGCAAAAGAUCGCCACGACCCGCCGGCUCACCGUGCACUUGAACCCUCCUUCCAGCUGCGUCCUCGAGAUCAGCAUGCGAGGCGUCAAAAUUGGCGUCAAGGCUGACGACUCCCCUGAGGCCCAGGGGAAUAAAUGUAGCCACUUUUUCCAGUUAAAGAACAUCUCUUUCUGUGGAUACCAUCCAAAGAACAACAAGUACUUUGGGUUCAUCACCAAGCACCCAGCUGACCACCGGUUUGCCUGCCACGUCUUUGUGUCUGAAGACUCCACCAAAGCCCUGGCAGAAUCCGUGGGGAGAGCCUUCCAGCAGUUCUACAAGCAGUUUGUGGAGUACACCUGCCCCACAGAGGACAUCUACCUGGAGUAGCCUAUGUGGCCGCCAGCUGGGAUAGCUGCCCUCUGAGAAAGCGACACGGAACUCACCACGCCCAGCAGCAGAGCCCGGGGAGGUGGGGCUGUCGGCCCAGGGUGGGGCAGGUGGUCUGCUGUAACAUACAGGACUGCAUUUGGCUAUGGAGGGCAGAGCUGGCUGCCUGGGAACUGGAAGGGGACAGGGCCGGAGCAGGGCUGGGCAGGAAGGGCGGCCACUCGGAGCCUGCCUCCCCCUGCCAGGGGCUUGCGGCUCCCGCCUUGACAAGGGCCGGGUCACCCUGCAAGUGCACCGCCUCCCCAUCCCUGGCCCCCUCCCAAGAGCCCCAUGCUCAGGCUGGGCCCAUCUGCCUUCUGAGGACUUUUCCAGGACAGAAAUGGCCACAAGUGGAGGUGAAAUCCCUGCUGUGUGCUCUGUGGCCUGUGGGGACCUCUCGCCAGGUGCCACCUCCAGCCUUCCUGGCAUGCCAGGCCCUCCCCCGACACUACCCCCGCGUGCAGGCUAUGACCCCUGCCCCCCACCCCCAGGGAUGGGGAGCUGCAGCAGGGAGCGGGAGGGCAGUGUAGGCUGGCAGGAAAGGACGGCCUCCCAACUGGCCCAGAGCCCUAUCUUGGUCCUUUAGCCUUGGCCACAACUAUUAAAGUGCCACUUCCUGUCUGGA